CAGUAACUAGCUAUCACUCUUCCAAGGAACUGAGUACAGAAAUACACAUUCUUAAAAAAGAUGGGAACCUCAUUUGGGUUGAGGCAUUUGCCUCAACUCAUCUACGCAAUAGCAUUUUGCGUAAUUGCAAGCAGUGUCGCUGCUGAUGAUUAUAAGCCUUACUAUGGCGGCCAACCAAACAACAACUAUCCGCAACCAACACCACCAAGUCAUGGACAACAGCCACCAUAUUAUUUCAAAUCACCUCCAUAUUACUACAAAUCCCCACCUCCACCUUCUCCAUCGCCACCACCUCCAUAUGUCCACAAAUACCCACCUUAUUACUACAAAUCUCCACCUCCACCAUCUCCCUCACCACCUCCUCCGUAUGUGUACAAGUCCCCACCACCUCCAUCUCCCUCUCCUCCUCCUCCAUAUGUCUACAAGUCACCACCUCCUCCAUCACCUUCACCUCCCCCACCAUAUGUCUAUAAGAGUCCACCACCACCCUCUCCAUCACCACCACCUCCAUAUGUCUACAAGUCUCCUCCUCCACCAACACCCUCACCUCCCCCGCCCUAUGUUUACAAGUCACCACCACCUCCUUCCCCUUCACCUCCUCCUCCAUAUGUCUACAAGUCACCACCUCCUCCAUCUCCUUCACCUCCCCCACCAUAUGUCUAUAAGAGUCCACCACCACCCUCUCCAUCACCACCACCUCCAUAUGUCUACAAGUCUCCUCCUGCACCAACACCCUCACCUCCCCCGCCCUAUGUUUACAAGUCACCACCACCUCCUUCCCCUUCACCUCCUCCUCCAUAUGUCUACAAGUCACCACCUCCUCCAUCUCCUUCACCUCCCCCACCAUAUGUCUAUAAGAGUCCACCACCACCCUCUCCAUCACCACCACCUCCAUAUGUCUACAAGUCUCCGCCUCCACCAUCACCCUCACUUCCCCCACCCUAUGUUUACAAGUCACCACCACCUCCUUCCCCUUCACCUCCUCCUCCAUACGUCUACAAGUCACCACCUCCUCCAUCUCCUUCACCUCCCCCGCCAUAUGUCUAUAAGAGUCCACCACCACCCUCUCCAUCACCACCACCUCCAUAUGUCUACAAGUCUCCUCCUCCACCAUCACCCUCACCUCCCCCACCCUAUGUUUACAUGUCACCACCACCUCCGUCCCCUUCACCUCCUCCUCCAUAUGUCUACAAGUCACCACCUCCACCAUCCCCAUCUCCACCACCUCCAUAUAUUUACAAGUCCCCACCACCACCGUCACCAUCACCCCCUCCACCAUAUAUAUACAAGUCUCCUCCUCCACCAUCACCCUCCCCUCCCCCACCAUAUGUAUAUAAGUCACCACCACCCCCAUCUCCAUCCCCCCCUCCACCAUAUGUCUACAAGUCACCACCUCCACCAUCCCCAUCUCCACCACCUCCAUAUGUCUACAAAUCUCCACCCCCACCAUCACCUUCACCCCCUCCACCAUAUGUAUAUAAGUCACCACCACCUCCUUCCCCUUCCCCUCCUCCUCCAUAUGUUUACAAGUCCCCACCCCCACCAUCACCUUCUCCUCCUCCACCCUAUAUUUAUAAGUCGCCACCACCUCCAUCUCCCUCUCCUCCCCCACCAUAUGUUUACAAGUCACCACCUCCACCGUCUCCAUCCCCACCACCUCCAUACGUUUAUAAAUCUCCUCCUCCACCAUCUCCUUCACCACCGCCUCCAUAUAUCUACAAGUCACCACCACCACCAUCCCCUUCACCACCACCUCCAUAUGUCUAUAAGUCCCCUCCUCCUCCUUCUCCUUCACCCCCUCCUCCAUAUGUUUACAAAUCUCCUCCCCCACCAUCUCCUUCACCCCCUCCACCCUAUGUCUAUAAGUCACCUCCACCUCCUUCAGCUUCACCACCUCCUCCAUACUACUACAAAUCUCCACCUCCACCUUCUCCAUCACCUCCUCCACCAUAUGGCUAUAAGUCACCGCCACCUCCUUCGCCUUCACCACCGCCUCCUUAUAUUUACAAGUCUCCACCUCCACCAUCUCCAUCACCUCCUCCAUAUCAUCCCUACCUCUACAACUCACCCCCGCCUCCCAUCUAUUAAGCUUCCGGCUAUUAUUUGAAAAAAUUUCAAUGAAUUAUAUUCAGCAUUGUUGUGGUUAAUUUGUAUUCAAUCUUUUGUUAAUAAAAAAGUCUAUGCUUUACAGUGAAUUAAGAGCCUUAUUUUGAUUCAAAUGCAUCUGUGCAUGCAUGGUGUUAAUUCAUAAGUUUGUAUUUAUUUUUCUCCUUUAGUUGUUUUUAAGAAAAUAUUUUUUUUGUU